AUGGCUCCCAAGAAGACAAGCAAGUGCAAGGGCGUAGCCGCGAGCCAACCCGCAAGGAAGGAUGGGUACCAAGAGGAUGUGGAGCCUUUUAAGAGCAGUCCUCCAUUGCCAGAUGAAGAGGCAGCUGGAGAGAAAAGUGAUGGGGAGCACAACCCUAAUCCGAGCACAGAUACCCAAGCGGGACAUCUGAUGAGUACACGGUCAUCAGUGAGGAAGCGUAGUAGCUCCUCACAAGCUACCAGCGACAGUGAGACACUUCUGGAGGCAAGGGGAGAUACAGAAGAUGAUUCAGUCCCUAAGUCAGCAGUGGAGAAGCCCCCCAGCACUCCAGAUAUGAAUGCUCAUGAAGCCGAGGAGAUGGCGAAUUCUAUGCUUCUGAAUUCUCCACUCCCUUAUGCUGAGAGGAGCGAUGAAAGACUCCCAGAGGAGGAUGGAAGGGACAAGCUUCCAAAAGCGGGAGGUGGCGAGAAGCUUCCUGAGGAGACCCCUACAGAUUCCCAAAAUCUAGGGAAUACUGUGGGAAAAGUUGAUGAAGUGCCGCAGAAAGCAAUCUCCGUGGUGCAGGCGACUACUUCCCAGGUCUCAUCGGGAAGUGCCAUGCGGCAAGAGAAGUUGAAGCUUGCUUUCAAGCUGAGGUGUUGGAAUAGGGGACCAACCAGCCCCAAAGACAAUUCAGAGCUAAAUGUUCUAAGAGAGCAGGUGAAGAAGCUCUCGUCCGAGAAGGCUGCCCUUCAAGAGAAGAUAAAAAAACUCUCCAAGGCCAAAAAAGUUGAAGGAUCACUUGACAACUACUUGAAGUACCAGGAAAAAAUGGAACACCUUAUGUACUUUGGUGACCUGAUCAUGGGGAGAAAACCUGAAUAG